ACCUAUCAACACUCCAUACCAACAUCAUCCAUUGUUGCCCAACUUGCCUCCCUCAUUCGUAAACAAAGUCCCCGUGGCAAAACACCCCAGACCGAUCCGUCUUUGUUUAAGUCUCUCCUUUCAGCAAUUGAAAGUCUUGAAACUGCCUUUAUUAGGCCAUAGAUCCCUUGGCAAUCUCACCGUGCCGCGUUUUCGAACAAUUUUCACUCUUCCAGAUCGCGGAUUCUGAGACGUGCCUUUUCGGUACAACACAUUCAUUCUUUUUCUUCGAGAACCGAGAUUUUUGAUUGAUUUGAUAUCAUCGAUAUCACCCACGAAUAUUCAAGAUGCAGAUCCGAUCUUUCCUCGUGGCCGCCCUAGCUGCUGGUACAGCUAUGGCUCACAUGAACAUGAAGGACCCUCCCCCUCUAGCCUACAAGGGCAACCCGAACGCCAAGGAGCCUAACAUCGACUACUCCAUCACCUCUCCCAUCACCCAGGCUCAGUACCCUUGCAAGGGCUACCUCAAGCUCCUCGGCACUCCCGAGGGCGCAUCCGUGAAGACCUACGCUCCCGGUGGCCAGUACACCAUGAGCGUCGAAGGAGGCGCUUAUCACGAUGGAGGAAGUUGUCAGUUAUCCCUCUCAUACGACAAGGGUGCCUCGUUCACCGUCAUCAAGUCGUUCAUCGGCAACUGCCCUACCAGCUCGGGUGGCACCUUCAACUUCGACAUGCCUUCCGAUGCUCCUGAGGGUGACAACGUCGUCUUUGCCUGGACUUGGGUCAACCACACCGGUAACCGAGAAUACUACAUGUCGUGCGCUGUCGUUACCAUCAAGGCCGGUGCCUCAAAGCGUGGUGAUGUUCCCGCGAUUGAAGCGAAGCGCGCUACUACUGCUUUCGCCAGCCGUCCCAAGGUCUUCGAGGCGAACUUGGGCGGUCAGUAUUGCACUAAGGAAGGCGUCGACACUGUCUACCCCGAGCCUGGUCCGGAUGUCGAGAACACUUCUACCAGCCCUGGCCCUGCCAUUCUCUGUUCUACUGGCGCCGAUGCUCCCGAGGGUUCAACGGGUGGAUCCGAUUCGGGAUCUGGCUCUAGCGCAGGUGCAAGCUCUGCCGCCACAUCUGCAGCCACGUCUGCUGCAGCCACGUCCGCUGCUGCUACAUCCGCCGCUGCUACCUCGGCCGCAGCUUCUUCCGCCGCUGGUGGUGGUAUCCAGGUCUCAGCUUCAAUGUACGUAACACCUUCCUCACAGUUAACUCCAGCUUCUUCGGCUAGUUUAGCUAGUCCAAGUUCACUUGAAGUUCUGACUGUCAUCCCGAUCACCGGACUAACAUCUUCCAGUACUGGUGGCGUUUUCGUAACUGUAGCACCAUCUUCAACCGGAGCUGCUGCUUCUUCAGCCGCCGCCCCGACCACCUUCUCCACGGCGACCAUUGCCUCGCAAAGUGCUGGAGCUGGUACCGGAGCAGCAUCCUCGGCUGCCGCUGGCGGAAGCUCUGGUUCGGCUACCACAAGCGCCCAGGCUCCUACGGGCACAGGUGGUGUGACCGGAACUCAAUCCGGCGCUUGCACUGACGAGGGCGCAUGGGCUUGCGCACCAGAUGGUUCAUCGUUCCAACGAUGCGCAUCCGGACAAUGGAGUGCUGCUAUGCCUAUGGCCCAGGGCACCAAGUGCAAUCCCGGUAUUAGCAACACCCUUAGCAUGCGACGACGAGACCGCGUUCGCCGUUCGGGCACCGGUCUCAGCCGCGUGGCAUUUUAGAAGUCACCGGUUGAUUAGACGA